AUGUCACACAAACCGCGUGCAACUAUUACCAAGGCCGAGCAGAGCGCUCUCAAGACACUGAGGGCUGACACCAGCAUCGUGAUUCUACCAGCCGACAAAGGGCGUUCCACAGUUGUGAUGGAUAAAGCAGACUACAUUCAGAAGACUAAUGCCCUACUGGAGGACCGACAGGCGUACCUACCAUGUAACGGUGAACCGACGAGGAGGCUGGUGACGCAACUGGACAAGACACUCGCCGACAUGCAAACGAGCAAGGCAAUAAGUAAAUCGGUACGACUGGCCAUUAAGCCAGUAGACGCAGCCGCGCCAAGGUUCUACGUACUACCAAAGGUAAACAAAGCCGGGGUCCCCCUCCGGCCAAUCGUAUCAUUGCGCGGCGCACCUACAUUCAAUUUAGCCAAAUGGCUGUUCCGAAACCUGAGGUCUCUCACCUCGGACGCGGGUACGAUGGUAUGUUCAGCGACUCAGUUCCUGGAGCGGAUCAAAGGGAUGAGACUUACCAAAGACGAGGUCAUGGUGUCAUUCGACGUCACCUCUCUUUUCACCUCGAUCCCGCAAGACCUGGCAAUCGAAACGGUCAGCGAGCUGCUCGAGAGUCAGUACGACGAGACGGACGUGACGGUAAAAAGGAGACAUCUCGUCCAAUUGCUGAGAUUCUGCCUGAAGACGUACUUUACCUUUGAAGGCACGACCUACGAGCAGGUCAAGGGGACGCCAAUGGGAUCGCCGCUCUCGGGCUUCAUCGCAGAGGCAGUUCUCCAAAAAGUAGAGACCCUCGUUUUCUCAACCUAUAAGCCGACAUUUUGGGCUCGAUAUGUCGAUGAUACCUUCGUUAUCAUUAAGCGGCAAAUGGUCAAGGAAUUCCAUGAUGUCCUGAAUUCUGUUUUCCCUGAAAUCCAGUUCACAAUGGAGGCGGAAGCCCACAAUCAACUCCCGUUCCUGGACGUUCUCGUCCAUCGAAAACCCAAUGGGCACCUUAAAACGACGGUAUAUAGGAAGGCCACUAAUACGCGCCAAAUCCUGAGCUUCCACAGUAAGCACCCGUUAGGCCACAAACGCAGUUGUGUGCGAACACUCUACAGAAGGGCGGAAACACACUGCAGCGAGCCGGACGACAGAAGGUCAGAACUACGCUACCUCCAGCGCCUCUUCAUGGCCAACGGGUAUCCUCGCAACUUCAUCGAACGCGGCAGACAGGCCGGACCGAGCCGACGUUUGGUGACAGAACAACCAACAAUAUGGCGGGCGCUUCCAUACAUCGACGGCGUUUCUGAGGCCGUCUCGCGUCUCUUAAGACCGUUGGGGAUCGGCAUCGCCCACCGACCGAAGUCAACAAUUCGACAUCUGGUGGCCCCUCUGCCACUAGGUGAAACCACGAACGUCAUCUACCGGAUCCGGUGUAACUCCCGCGAAGUCAACUACAUUGGGGAGACCGGAAAACGACUACAGACUCGUGUUGGAGAACACAUGAGGGCAGUAAGGCGAAUGGACCCUUUGUCUCUGGCGACCGAACACUGCGCCGAUGCCGGACACACGUUCGCCUUUCAGUAUGCCGAAAUUCUGGGCAGGGGGAACGAUCGCAUAGCCAGGGAAACAAUCGAGGCUUGGCACACGGGGACAACCUCCAUCAACCGCUGCGUGGCGCUUCCCGCUGCCUAUCAAGCCCUUCGAACGCAGCUCAGUAAACAAAUGAGCAGACGUUCACCCAGGCUAAACAUUAAUCCUGACAUGAGCGAGUCCAUGGCGGAUACACACUUAGUCACCCCUCAACCGGGUUCCGACGAAGGCGCAGUCCUCAUCACAGCCGGUCCAUCUACUAGUCCGGCGGACGAGAAAACAGACAGUCGUUGCGGCGUAAACAAGAUUGCCAGGCUUAAACGACAGCUACGCAAAAUGCAGGUACGAACGACGACCGCCGGCGUCUCAACGCCGGCCUCCGAAGUAGAUUGA